AAAGCAGACAUGGCCGUGAAAGUGGCUAAGACAGUGGGCUUUGGCUCGGCAGUGUUUUGUGGGAAAAUUGCCGCUUUGCCAUUCAAGACUGUGUGGUAUAUGGGUGAAACUGCAUCUUAUGGAAUACGAAGCCUGAAGGGGGCCGAUCAUCAUGACAAAGGACUUGCGACUAUGGAUCAGCAAUAUGAAGCAACGGCAUUGCAAGAAUACACCUUAGAAAGCAAAUCAAGAUCUGAGCAUUCUAUGCAGAAUGCCAGCUCAGAUAAUCAGGUCGAUCAGCGGCUAGUUGAAAUGAUAGGCAUGCUUCAAAGAAAGCGUGGAACUGAAGACAAGAGGUUCAUGGAUCCAGAUUUUGGGCGAAUGAUAGUGUCUGAGUUCGAAGUUCUGUGCAGGCCCAGCUGGAAAUGAUUCCACGACUGGGCCAAAAACUCAGUGAUCGGGUUCAAUACGCCACAAAACAUGAAUUAUUU